GGGUGCCGUUAUAUGGUUAUUUGGCACCAACUUUGCAUAUGUAGUGGAGCUGCUUUUCCAUUUGUAUGUACAGAAGUAGUGGUGCAGGAUGGAGCAAAAGAAGAGCACUAAGUCUGCAAAGAUGCUGGAUAUAUUUCAGCACCAGGGAGCUCUGGAGUUGCUGGUUUUUAACUUUCUGCUCAUCUUAACUAUCUUGACUAUCUGGCUCUUUAAAAACAGAAGGUUUAGAUUUCUGCAUGAAACAGGAGGCGCCAUGGUGUACGGUUUGGUGAUGGGAUUGAUUAUCCGUUAUGGCACAAAAUCUUCUGACUUUGAAAAUGGUAUAAUGUAUGGCUGUGAGAACCUGGACAGCAACCCAGGUAUGCUUCUUAUCAACGUCACUGACCGUGUCUAUAGGUACGAGUAUGCGGGAGAAGUAAGCAAGCACAACAUCAAAAACCACAAUGGAAACACAAUGUUACAAAAGAUGACUUUUGAUCCAGAAGUAUUCUUCAAUGUGCUUCUACCACCUAUAAUUUUCCACGCUGGAUACAGUCUGAAAAGGAGACAUUUCUUCAAAAAUCUGGGCACAAUUUUAACAUAUGCCUUUUUGGGAACUGCUAUCUCCUGCAUUGUAAUUGGGCUGAUAAUGUAUGGUUUUGUUAAGGCCAUGAUGGCAGUGGGACAAAUACAGACUGGGGACUUUCACUUUACAGACUGUUUAUUUUUUGGCUCCUUGAUGUCUGCUACAGACCCAGUGACCGUGUUGGCUAUUUUUCACGAGCUUCAUGUGGAUACAGAUCUAUAUACACUGCUAUUUGGAGAGAGUGUCCUAAAUGAUGCAGUAGCGAUUGUUCUCACAUACUCCAUAUCCAUUUACAGCCCCAAAGAGAAUCCUAAUGCUUUUGAUACAGCUGCGUUCUUCCAGUGUGUGGCCAAUUUCCUGGGAAUCUUUGCCGGCUCCUUUGCAAUGGGUUCAGCUUAUGCUGUUGUCACAGCCUUAUUGACAAAGUUUACCAAGCUGUGCGAGUUCCCUAUGCUGGAGACAGGGCUAUUUUUCCUCCUCUCAUGGAGUGCGUUUCUCUCUGCAGAAGCUGCUGGACUCACAGGAAUUGUUGCUGUUCUUUUCUGCGGAGUCACUCAAGCCCACUAUACCUACAACAAUCUGUCUGAGGAUUCCAAAGUGAGAACCAAACAGCUUUUCGAGUUCAUGAAUUUCUUGGCAGAAAACUUUAUCUUCUGUUAUAUGGGACCUUGCUCUAUUUACAUUCCAGAAUCAUAUGUUAAUGCUCUCUUCAUAUGUGGUGCUUUUAUAUCUAUUUUUGUAGCAAGAGCCUGUAAUAUAUAUCCACUUACAUUUUUUCUGAAUCUGGGUCGGAAAAAGAAAAUCCCGUGGAAUUUUCAGCACAUGAUGAUGUUUUCAGGUUUACGUGGAGCAAUAGCAUUUGCUCUUGCAAUACGGGACACAGACUCUCAGCCCAAACAGAUGAUGUUUACCACAACUCUGCUGAUUGUAUUCUUUACUGUAUGGGUUUUUGGAGGUGGUACUACCCCAAUGUUGACCUGGCUUCAAAUCAGGGUGGGUGUUGACCCAGAUCAGGACCUACGAGAAGAAAAUACAAAUCAAAAGACGGAAAACCAGAAUACAAGUUCAACCAAGGCAGAAAGUGCUUGGCUGUUCAGGAUUUGGUAUGGUUUUGAUCACAAAUACCUCAAGCCAAUUCUGACGCACACUGGGCCUCCUCUCACAAGCACAUUGCCAGAAUGGUGUAGUCCAAUAGCAACGUUGCUAACCAGCCCCAAAGCCUAUGGGGAGCAGCUGAAAGAUGAUGACAUGGACUAUAUUGUAAACCACGAUGAGCUUAGUGCCACCUAUGCAGAGAAUGGGGCCGCAGCAAAUCUGUCACCAACAGCAACAAGGCCAAGAGAUGAAGGGAACCCAAGGUCAACAGAAGGAAAAGAAAAUGUGCAAGAAGGAGAUCUUGGGCUUGGAGGAUCAUAUGAGUUCACAAUGCAUAAAAUGCCAAGUCAGCCUCCCAUAGACACAACGGGAGGAAAUAUCCAUAUAUAGUUCAUUUAAAGAGAAAGAUGAACAAAAGCAUUUCUUAAGAUCAGAAAAGUCAUACAAGCUUAAUAUGUUUACCAGGGCUUUAGGACUUUGCCCUAUCGCCUCUAGUGAAAACCAUCAUGUCAUUAAAACUCAGAUACAGAACCUCUUUACUGAAUGGGUUAAUAUGCAAUGAACAGUUAAAGGGAUAUGAAACCCAAACAUUUUAUUUAGUGAUUCAGAUAGAGCAUGCAAUUUUAAACAAUUUCCUAGUUUACUUAUAUUAUCAAUUUUCUGCUGUUCUCUGAAAAGCAGGGAUGUUUGCUUAGUAGGCAGCCGAUUGGAGCACUAUAAGGCAACAGUUUUGCAAGAAUGUUAUCCAUUUGCAAGAACACUAGAUGGGAGCACUAUUUCCUGCCAUGUAGUGCUCUAGAUGCCUACCUAGGUAUCUCUUCAACACAGAAUAUCAUAAGAACAAAGCAAAUUUGAUAAUAGAAGUAAACUGGGAACUUUUUAAAACUGUUAUGCUCUGUCUGAAUCACAAAAUAUUUUGUUUGGGUUUCAUAUCCCUUUAAAAAAUAAAACUGUGGAUAUACUUGAAAAAAAGGAAAGGUGCUAAAAUGCAGCAAACCUUAAAUGUAACCCAUGUAGACUAUAGACUAUCUGCACAGAUGACUCACAGUACCAAAUAGUAGGAAAUAAAUGUAUGUGCUCAAUAUCACAAGAAUGACAACACAUACAUGACUUAUACCAACAUAGAGAUACAUUUUCUUCCUAUCAAAAUUAUAAAAUCAAUUGGGAUACACAAUGUAGACAGAUUUAAACCAUCAUAUUUCAAUAGAUAUCCUUUUUUUUCCCCAUUAUAUUUGGAAAUCUGUUUAGCAACAGGAAUGUUUAAUGAUAACCACAUUUGAGAAUAAAUUGAUUUAUCAGAAAUUAAAUCACUGAAGUUCUCAAACUAUAACACAGAUACUGUGAGAAAUAUGACUGCUUGUAAUAUCUUAAAAAUGGUUUAAAGAACCAUAUUAACAAUAUAUCCCAAUAACAAUAUAUUAUCCAAGCAUGCAUUAAUUCAGCUACCAUUAUUUGUAUAUUAUUAUGUUAUGCAAAAUAAUAAUGAAAUCAAUUAAAACUACUAUUUUAUUAA